GGGUUUAGUAUAUAAAAACCCUAAAUAAACAAUUCUUCAAUUCCAUCAUACUUUGAUUUACUUUUCUCGCCGAUCUACUUCUGCAUCGUCUUCUCCGUCAUUCAGAUCCAAACGAAGAGAUGGCUUUAGGAGCAGGUCCCCCGAGAGGAAGUGCAGCAGCAACUGCUAACCUGAGGAGGAGGAGGACUAGCAGUGCCGGAGCAAGUGGUGGUGCAGGGGGCACAAUGCUACAAUUCUACACAGAUGAUGCACCGGGAUUGAAGAUAUCUCCCAAUGUUGUUAUGACUAUGAGCAUUGGGUUUAUUGCUUUUGUGGCUGUGCUUCAUGUCAUGGGUAAGCUCUACUUUGCCCGCACAGAUGCCUAAGGAUGAAGAAGAUGUUACUUCUAAUAGACAAUAUAAUGUUUCAGUUGUUUAUUUAUUUCAGAGACUAAGGUAAAAAAGCUUUAUGAAUUAGAGACUAAGACAGCAUAACUUCAAGAUCAAUAAUAAUAUAAAUCAAAUUAGU